AUGGAGUCCUUAGUGGACGCAUGCAUUGUUACUCCUGGAAUUUACUCCCCUGGAACAGUGGACGAGUAUGCUUGCUCCAUCUACGAAAGCCUUCGCGCACGAGAACAUCGUUACCACGUUACUGAAAACAUUUUUGCCAAACAGCAAAGCGUGAGCCCCAAAAUGCGCUCCGUUCUUGUGGAUUGGCUCGUUGAAGUACACCAGCGUUUUGAACUCGAGGCGCCGACACUUUUCCUGACGAUUAAUUACAUCGACCGAUAUAUGGCGCAGACGUCCGUCAAGUCACAACGGUUCCAACUCGUGGGAGUCGCAGCAUUGUUAAUUGCUUCAAAGUUUGAGGAAAUCUACCCAUGUGACAUGGACGAUCUGCUGUACAUCUGCGAGCGAUCCUACGUCAAGGCUGACCUGGUGGACUGCGAGAGAGACCUGCUAAACGUGUUUAAGUUCAAUUUGGCCGUGCCGAGUGUCAGCAGCUUCCUGGGAUACUAUCUGGAACACUUUGAGGAGGACGACGAUCUCAUCAGUCAACUCGCCAGUUACUUCGCAGAGUGUUCGCUGCUCGACUUUACUUUUGGAGCCACAUAUGAUUCCUCGGUCAUUGCUUGCGCGUGCCUCCUUGCAGCUUAUUGCUACAUUGAGAACCAGACUCCUAGUCUUGUUUGGAACUCCCGUCUCGUAGAGCUCACUGGGUACACCGUGGAGGCGAUUGUCCCGUGUGCUCAGGAUCUGUGGUCACUUUUGACUCAACCGAGCGAGCUGGCGGCCGUCGCGACGAAAUACAGCGCCAAAGAGCUCGGAGAAGUCGCUCAUUUGCCGCUGGAAGAUCUCGAGAUGCUGUUGUGUUGA